UUUUGUCUUCUGYAUUAUAAUUCCACGCGCUAGCCGAUUGACUAUAUUGUCACAAGUUUGACUCCGAAAGACCAAGUGUAUUCUUAGCGAAACUGAAAGUUAGUUUCGGGACUCCGUCACAUGACUGUCAGCUUUACAGACUUCUCUAAAGUUGCUUUGGUGAAAUAGUAUCCGCUGGUGCUGUCAAGUCUUGCUUACAAUCAGCCAUCACAACCGAAAUGAGUGAUGAGAGAUUCCAUAAAGGACCCCUAGGGAUUAUUAAGCAAGUGCACAAUUAAUCUCGCAAAGAACUCUGGUUAGCCUCAUGCAACGUCUUGAUCUUCAAAACACCAAUGGUACCGUGGCUGGGAUCUCUCAAGAGGAUCUUUAUAGAUCAACAAACUCGCUUAGAAGUUCCAAAAGAUCGACGAAAAAUUGGCGUGUUGUACCUUCUGAUUACGAGCCACACGUUCGUACUAUGAAUGGAAUACCCAAGCCACCAAAAACUACCCCAUCGUCCAACUCUUUGGAUCCAAAAAAUUUGGUCGCUGCCGCUACAUUACUCGGCAGUGUGGGAUCCCUAAAGGCAGCAGAAGUCACCGAAAGGCUGUCCAAUAAAGAAUCUUCGUCGCCACUAGAUGAAUCCUAUCAGGGAUUUGAUUUUCCUUUUGAGAAUUUGAUUUUUGAAGGAGGAGGGAAUAAAGGGAUGGCGUAUGUAGGAGCUUUGCAGGUUUUAGAGUCUGCUGGUGUUAUGAAGAAAAUAAAACGGGUUGCUGGGGCAAGUGCUGGAGCAAUUACUGCAGCACUUAUUGCAAUAGGAUUUAAUUCUCAAGAACUGAAAGAAUUCUUAGAUCAAGAUCUCAAAAAAAUUCUUGUCGAUCACAAUUGUGGGUAUUGCAGUCUUUUACCAAACCUGUUAAAAGGUUUUGGAUGGAAUCCUGGCAAGAAGUUAAUAAAGUGGUUUGGAGAACAACUGAGAGAAAGAGCUGGAGAUGCAGAUGUUACAUUCAGAGAGGUUUUGGAGCGAUUUGGCACAGAACUAUGUGUCGUUGUCACUAACCUUAAUCAAAUGUCAGUGGAAUAUUUCCAUCCCAAAACAACUCCAAACACACCGAUUAGAAGAGCCAUAAGAAUGUCUGUGGCCUUGCCUGGUGUUUUCCAGUGUGUUAGACAGAUCAAUAACGAUUAUGAAGAUGUCUAUGUCGACGGAGGACUUCUUUGUAAUUAUCCCAUACAUGCCUACGAUGGUUGGUGGUUGUCAAUGGACCCCAAACACACAUUCUUCAAGAAACUACAACCCCUUGAAGAUUUUGCUCGACUUUUUGAAAAAUCAGAAAGAUUCGGCGACUGGAAUCGUAAAACAUUGGGAAUUGUAUUGUAUUCCCACACCGAGACAGAAUUAAUGAAAACACUACUUUCUGAACGAGAGGGCAACAAGCCUCCUGAACCACCAAAUACAAAGAUUGCACGGCAAAGAUUGAAGCUAAAACAGCAACAAUUAACAAUGCGUCAAGAGCAUCAAGCGAUGGUUGGAGCAGUUGGUAGAUUUAUGAAGGAACUUCAAAGAAAUAAUCUUGAUGAGGAUAGCAUAAUUAAUCUGAGAGAACUCAAAGGUGUCUUCAAAAAGCCUUUAGACUUCACAAGAGACGACGCCGAACUUCUCUUUGGCUAUGAUGUCGAUUAUAGAUCGGCUUUUGAAGAACUUGAUACGGACGAGGAUGGUGAGAUAACUUUUCAAGAAUUAAUGGCUUUUAUUGAAAAGAAGGGCGUCAAUUUACAAACAAGAUUUCUUGGAUACUCGAGAAAAGAAAUACGACAUUUAGGAGAGUUYAUUCAAACUCUGCAGACUGCAUUAUCAGUAAACGUCAAACGCGUUUAUGUUGAGAAAAGAGACGUGGAAAGGACUAUUGGGAUUGACACUGAUUACAUCGAGACGAACGACUUCCAACUUGAGCAAGGCGACAAAGACUUUCUUAUUGAGUGUGGAAGACGGGCAACUAGGGCAUUUCUACGUGAAUACUUCAAGAAGCAAAUUUACUCGUCCAACGAGGUUGUAAAUGUUCGUGGCGCAUCAUCAAAUAACAAUGAACACUUUCCUCGAAGUCCCUCUGUCGUCUCUGAGGUUUCUGUUUGCUCAAACAGGCUUCCUCCACUUAAUGAAUCAUAUACACACGAAAAAAUGAAAGAACAGAAAAUGAAACAAUCGCGGUACAGUUCCGCGGGUUCUUGCGGKUCUGAGAGCAGUACAACRAGCACUGGUAAAGUCAGCGUCGAUGUCCCAAGGUCACCAGGCACUAAGAGAAAAAGUCCAGGCCGAAAAUCACGUGUUGGUGACAUGACAACGCUGCUAUGAGGAUUUUAUAGUUUCGUCUCUUAACAAGCUUGAUUUGGAAAUGUUCUUUGUCCUGAUUGGACGAUUAUUUAUAAAUUGCACUUGUAUGAUAUAUGUACCAAGACGUUUUCAAACUCGUCUCAUUCCUCUAUUGUCCAUGGAGAGUAGAUGUGGGAGUGGGCCCUGAGUGAAAACGAAUAGUCUAUGAUGAAUUGUAUAAUAUAAUUUUUUUGACAAAGAAUUUGUUAAGAGGUCUUGUAAUGUAUCUUUGCGAAAGAGUUUAAAUUAUAUAUCAAGUUAAGUAGAGAAAAAAAAACAGCGGAUUAUUUAAUCUAUUCGAGUCAGUUGAAGGAAUUAAAUUGYAGCUUAACAAAGGAAGUUCAUCAUUGAAACAGGUUCUUUUGACUGGUUUUACCACGGUAGGGAGUUGAUUUUUAAAACUUUCCACAUUUCACCUAAAUGAUUCACCCAUCAUGUCACUCUCUUUCAAGUAAACCUCCAGCAAAUGAAAUUUACAUGGUACAAAAUUCCUAAUGUUAGAUUCAGCAAAAAUAGCGAAUUGCAUAUUGUAGGCUUGGGGGGAGAGGGGGACUCCGGGGUAAAAGCACCGGGGAUGAUGGUCUGAUUUCUUAGGAGUAAAAAUUCGUGAGGGUGCCAAUUAGGAGUUUUUAGGAAAAACAAUUAGGAAAUUUGUAUUAUUUUUGCAAUCUCUUCGGGUGCCGGAAAAGAAGAGAAAGAACACAUCGAUAUURAUUUUCCUCUGUUUUUAUUAUUGGAACUGAUUUAAUUUAACAAUAUUUGUUGUGCAAUCUCUCAGGGGUUAAAAACCAGUCGGGAUUKUUUUGAGCUGCUUUGAUGUAUAAACUGUAAUAAAAAAGGUGCUGA